AUGGCAGAUUCAUCUUCACUCCAAGAUCAAACAGCUUCCUCUCCCCUACUCACGAUUAGACCCAACCAGAAGCUCAUUAUCCAACUCACUCCGUUCGUCUAUGAUCCCUACAUGCUUUACGUAGUAGAAUGUCUCAAGUAUUCUCUAUUGGUGAUUGCGCUUACUCAGGUCGAACUGGUGCCAAUGUCUCUUCUUUCUCAAGUUGCAUUAGAUGUUGCUGAUAAGCUUGCCAAGCGAGGGAAGAAGCAGGAGCCAAAGAAAGACGAAACUGAAGGACCCUCAUCUCCUAAAAACCGAAAGGUUGAUAAGGCAGCACCUUUAGCCACCAAAAAGAAAAAGGUCAAAAAGAUGGUUAAACGACCGAAGGUAUCUUUGCCUGCUGUGUCUGAUGAUGAGGCACAAUCGGCUGAUAAAGAAGAAAGAGUUCAUCUUGAAGGGUCACCGAGGGGCAACACUCCUCCCAGAUCUCCAACUGCUGAGGUUUGGACUAAUAUUCCUUCUCCUCCUCCUUCUCCAAAACAAACCACAGUACCAAUCACUGUUGCUCCAAUUCCACCAACUCCUACAACUCAACCUAAUACUACUGUUCCACCACCUCCACCUGUUAGCACAAUACCAAUAUCGACAACUCCACUCCCACCUCCAAUUUUCUCUCAAGCCACUUACACUACUACCCCAAUCAACACAACCACAACUUCAACUGAACAUCUGGUAAAAGUCAACGUAUCUGAUACGAGGGCUAAUACUGAAAAUGAACCUUGUUACACACAAACCUCUUUCACCCUCACCCUCAAGUGA